UUAUGAACACAAGUUUAGACCUCAUGGAACACGACACCUUACAACUGCCCACCCAAUCAACCACCAACCUCAGCUAUAGUUUCCUUCCCGGCGACCCGACAACCAAACGGCUAGUGGUAUUUCUGAAUGGCCUCAUCCUCCCAAAAUCAUCCUGGGAACAGACUAUACUGGCUAUACAAUCUAAGCUGCAGGACUCGCAAUCGCUACGACCACAUCUAUUGUCCUACGAUCGAUAUGGACAAGACACUUCCGAUAAGCAUCCAGGUGGUGAACAUGAUGUCUUAGAUGUGGUUCAGGAUCUCCAUAAUUUUCUUGCGGCAUUCUGUGCAAAAGAUUUAGAGGGAAAAAUGCCGGCACAAUUGGUGUUUGUUUGCAAUUCUAUUGGGUGUGCUAUAGCGAGGCUGUUCGCCGACAGUUAUCCGGGCAUGGUAUCCGGAAUGCUCUUCUUGGAUUCCAUCAUGGCGCAUGUUGAUUUGGUGGCUUUGUGGCCUGAUGUGGAUGCCAUUGGGUUCGAUGAAACUACGCUACCGCAGGGUACCACGACAGAGGAGGUGAAGAGUGUAAGAGAGGAGUAUAGGAAGAGAUUCCAUGUUUCUGUGCCGAAUUCGGAGGAACUGGAUAGAAGCACACUGGCUGGGCUACUGCCACGGGCAGAUCGCCCUAAGCUGCGAAGCCCAUUACUCACGGUCGUUGGUCACGAUCCUGAGACGUUCGCUCAGGAAAACAAGUACAUCAAUCCAGUGUGGCAUGAAUACAACAAAGAGCUUGCUACAUUGACGGAUAGCGGGAAGAGCAAAGGUCCCAUUAUUGCUAAGGGAUGUGGGCAUUUUAUACAAAGAGAUGAUCCUGCAUUUGUUGCUACAGAGGUUUGCGACUUGCUACAGCGUCUUGAGGAGUACAAG